UUCCGUUGUAGUUUCUGUAAAUAAUGCGGAAGUUAGCAUUACAUUACGAAUUUUAAGCAAUUCUGAAGUAUACUAAUAUCCUUAGCUCUACAGUUACAUGCAUACCGCAUCUUGUGGCGACUACUUUACAUUUUUCAUCAACUCACAAAAAACGUCUUUUUCGUAAUUUUCAUGUGUUCAUGUAACAAAGUUCGUUUUAACUCGCCUACGAUAGAUAAUACACUAUCAUUUUAUCGGUAAUAAAUAAAUUAAAUAUCGUGAUAAAUCAUUAAAAUCUUCUAGUCGUGUGUUGUGUUACGAUGAAUAUAAAUAAUUUUCUAACUCCUCGAUUGAUGGCUGGCGCGGCGUUUGUGGGGCUCGUUGGAGCUGCAGGAGUCUUUAUAUACGAGCAGGUGUAUGCCGAGAAACGAAGAGCCAUGCUAGUACGAGAAGUGCAGAGAUUGGAUCUACAAAUGGCGACAAUGAGACAAGAACUCGAAACACUUAGAGAACUACAAAAAGAAACGCACCUUCGGAGAAUAAAACAGAAGAACCUGAAAAAGCGUCAGAAGAAACCGAACCCCGGUGGAGACAUAGACACAGUGGACGCACCACAAAGUUAUGCUUCAGACUCAGAGUAUUUUACUGAUUACCAAUCUGUUCUUGGUACAGACGGAGAGAUGGACAGCGAAGAGUUCUACGAUGUGCACACAGACGAGGACGACGAUACUCUUAGAGAAACAGCCAAUGGACAUGUUGGCAUUUUGGACUUGGAUGACGAUGUCGUAACUUCAUCACCGAAGUUGUCGCCUAAGUCAUCACCAAAGUCGUCACCAAAGUCAUCACCAAGGAAUGAAACAUAGCUGACACGAGAAAUAAUAAGAUGAUGUUAGCAGACUUAGAGUAGUCGGCAAAGGGACUCUAAUCACUAUAGCAGAACUUAGGAAUAAAAUAAUGGGAUAAUAGUUUUUUUUUUAGUUAGGCUUGAAUCCUGCCGAUCUGUACCUAAUCUGUAUUGAGUUCUUAGGUUU